GGCACGGUACAAGUGUACUUUGGGGGCACAUGGAGUUCCUUGGUGCACUACAAUUGGGAGUACCAUGAUGCACGAGCCGCGUGCCGACAGCUGGGCUGGGAAACCGGUGCUGCGGUGACGUCAUCAGGUGCUGUGUACGGUAAUCCCGUGGGCCCUGUGUGGCCUAUGGGGUUUAAUUGCGGCUGGGAGGAGGAGCGGCUUAUGGACUGCCCCCGGUGGAACGAGUUAAGCUCUCCGUGGAUUACACCAACUGCGGAUGACGCCACAACGUUCAACGACACCGCCGGAGUGAUUUGUCGCAAUGAAUCCGCUGGCGAAGGCGCGCUGCAGCUGGUGGGCAGCGACGUGAUGGGUCAUGGCACCUUGCAAAUCUUCCACUCCGGAAGGUGGGGGGUCAUGCACAGCUCAUACGUCGAUUGGCGCGUUGCAAGGAUUGCUUGCCGGGAGCUGGGCUGGACGACAGGGGAUCUCGUUCCUGCUGCGGGUGAUGUAUAUGGUGGCGCCUCU